AUGGCACCCGGUAAUGGAAAGAGGAAUAAAUCGAAGAAACACAACUGCGCCGUAUGUAAAUCCGCCGAUAACAGCAGAAUGGUGCAAUGCGAUCAUUGCAAAAGCUGGAAUCACUUUGACUGCGUAGGUGUUUCCCAGGAUGUCGAAAAUCGCCCAUGGAGCUGCCAAGCCUGUACCGGAGAAAAUCCAACGCUGAAACCGAGCAGCAAUGCGCGUGCCAGUCAGAGUACGAGUACUCAAGAAGUGAUUGACGUGGAGCAAGAAGAUGACGAUUCUUCUAUAUAUUCGAAAGCCAGCCAGCAGUCGGGAAAUUCGGAAGCGGUCAAACUACAAUUACAGCUACUCGAAGAAGAGCAGCGGUUAGAACAAAAGUACCUGCAAAAGCGAUUUGAAAUCCUUAUGAAAGCGGCUGGCGGUGCUCCCCCGAAAAAGAUAUCGAUCUCACAUCCAGGGGCUCCAGCUCGCCACUCUUCUCCAUACGAUGUCGCUCCUCCAGAAACGCAUCGCCACAGCUUCGACCCGUUGCUCCUCAACCGUAGUCAAGUCGCAGCACGCCAAGCCAUCCCUAAAGAACUGCCAUCGUUCAACGGUGAUCCGGAGGAAUGGCCAUUGUUCUUGGCUACAUUCGAGAAUACCACAAGAAUGUGUGGUUACACGUCCGAAGAAAAUCUCACACGCCUACAACGUUGCUUAGGAGGAAAAGCAAGGGAAUCCGUUCGCAGUCAAUUGAUGCAUCCGUCGAACUUAAACAGCAUAAUUUCUACGUUGAAAAUGCUGUACGGUCGUCCAGAAAUAAUCGUGCGAACGUUGAUCCAGAAAAUCCAAGUUUUGCCAGCGCCAAAGGCAGAAAAAUUGCAAACUUUAGUAGAUUUUGCCAUUGAAGUACGGAAUUUGGUAGCCACAGUUAAAGCUUGUAAGCUCGAUGACCAUCUAUACAACGUAACCCUGCUUCAAGAGUUAGUAGACCGUCUUCCCCCAAUGAUAAAACUAACUUGGGCGGUUUAUCGCCAAAAUAUGGAACGGGUUACUUUGCAUGACUUCAAUGAGUGGUUGUAUAAAUUAGGAGAGGCAGCAAGCACAGUUACGGUCACACUUCCCAUUGGUGUUCCCGAUAAGUCUAGAAGGCAUCGUAAAGAAGACGGAUAUUUGCACGCGCACCGUGAGUCAUCCCCAGAGCAAAAUGUAAAGUCUAUUCCGAAUCAACAUAAGAAACCAACCCCCGCGAGUUACUGCACAAUCUGUUCGGAUGAGUGUCAGUCAGUAGAAAAGUGUCAAGUUUUCCUAGAAAUGGAUAAGGCCUCCAGGUGGACCGCUGUGCGAGAGGGUAGCCUGUGUCGACGAUGCUUGAAAAAACAUAGUGGAUUUUGCCGACGGAACACACCAUGCGGUGUACAGGGAUGCACAUGCAAACACCAUUAUCUGCUCCAUAACGAUCGCUCCAACCAAACAAUGGUACCGAAAUCAACGACCACUCCAGAUGAUUCUCGAAAAGAUUUCACCAACGUUCAUCUUAAUAAACACAGUAGCUCCGUAGAUCAAGUUUUGUUCCGCUAUGUACCUGUAACACUACACAACAACGGAACCCGAAUUCGAACGCAUGCCUUUCUAGACGAUGGCUCGUCUUUGACACUCCUUGAGGAAGAUUUGGCUCAGGAAUUACGUUUGGAAGGACCUUCUAGUCCACUGUGUUUGUAUUGGACCGCAGGUACCAGUCGGUAUGAGGAUGCAUCACGGCUAGUGUCAGUUCAAAUAUCAGGUAUUCGGAAUGAACAAAAAUUACUUCGGCUUUCGGAUGUUCAUACAGUUAAGCAGCUCAAACUUCCUCCACAGUCACUCGACUUCAAUCAGCUAGUCUUGCAACAUCACUACCUAUCCGGCCUGCCGGUUGACUCAUACCUAAACGUUCGACCCGGGCUAUUAAUUGGUUUGAACAACAUAAGAGCGAGUCACGUUUUGGAUAGCAGAGAAGGUGUAGAAGGCGAACCCGUAGCAUCGAAAACGCGUUUAGGCUGGUCUGUCUUUGGAAGAACCAGUUCAACAAAACCAUCAGCACUUUAUGCAUCUCAUUCGAGUUUCCAUAAUUGUUCUACCGACGAUUCACUUGGUGGUUUACAAAAUGCGGUAAAAAAUUUCUUUUCCCUCGAAAAUUUGGGAAUAGUUGAACUGAAAAAGUUGCCCAUGUCUAGAGAAGAUGAACGCGCCCUGGAAAUGAUGGAAUCUUCAAUGACAUUUCGAAACGGACGCUAUCAAAUGAGUUUACUCUGGAAGUACGACGAUGUUCGUUUGCCGGACAGCCGUGGUAUAGCGCUUAGGCGUUACGAUUGUUUGAAGCGCAGAAUAGCACGAGAUACUAAACUUGCGGACGCACUGAAGGUAAAAAUGCAAGACUACGUUGAAAAAGGAUACGCCCGUAAAUUGGGUCCUGCUGAGAUUGAAACUCACCGAGCCCGAGUGUGGAUCGUUUGGGAUGCAGCAGCGGCAGCCAAUGGAACCUCUUUAAAUUCCGUUCUGAUGAAAGGUCCCGAUCAAUUAACAGAAUUGCCUGGAGUUCUAUUUAAGUUUCGGGAGCACCUGGUGGCAGUAGGAGGUGACAUCCGCGAGAUGUUCCACCAGGUGCUCAUGAAUGAAGACGACCAACAUUGUCAGAGGUUUUUUUGGUGCGAUGACAACAACCAGACUUACCCCGACACGUACAUGCUGCAGGUUAUGUCAUUCGGAGCAACAUGCUCUCCCAGUUGCGCUCAGUUCGUCAAGAACAAACACGCUGAUCGUUUUCAAACAACUUACCCCAAAGCAGUAGCGGUAAUCAAAAGUAGCCAUUACGUCGACGAUAUGUUUUUUUCCGUGGAAACCGAAGAGGAAGCCACAAAAUUGGCGAAACAAGUGCAUCUCAUUCACUCCGAAGCUGGGUUCGAAAUGCGGAACUGGAUUUCGAAUUCUGCCUACGUUCUUGAGUCCCUGGGUGCUGAGCUGGUUCCAGAAAAAAACAUGGAUAUUGCAACUGAUAUCGCUGGGGAGAAGGUCCUUGGAAUGUGGUGGUCAACCACAUUAGACGUAUUCUCGUACAAAAUCUUUACCAAGAGGAACAUUGAAAUUCUACAAGGUGGCAAACGUCCUUCUAAACGAGAACUCCUUAGUACUCUAAUGUCCAUUUAUGAUCCUUUAGGACUAAUCGCACACUUUUUAAUGUUUUUAAAAAUCCUGCUUCAGGAUGUCUGGAGAUCCGGCAUUGAUUGGAACGAUCCAAUUGGUGAUAAAGAGUACGAAAAAUGGAAAACCUGGCUACAAUUUCUUCCAACACUCGAAACGUUAAAAAUUCCCCGAUGCUAUCGGCUCCAAACAUCUGAACGAUCCAGCAAUAGAAUACAACUGCAUACAUUUGUGGAUGCGAGCGAGAACGGUUUCGCUGCUGUCAGCUACUUUCGGUUCGAAGAGAAUGGCAACGUGGAGUGCUCAUUGAUCGGAGCGAAAAGUCGUGUCGCUCCUUUGAAAUUUCUAUCGAUACCCCGUUCCGAACUGCAAGCAGCUAUCAUAGGUUCACGCUUGGCAAAAAGCAUCGAAAAAGGUCACAGCUAUAAAAUUUCAAGAAGAUUCUUCUGGACGGAUGCUCGCGAUGUUUUAUGCUGGCUGAAUUCCGAUCAUCGGCGUUAUUCCAUGUUUGUCGCUAAUCGCGUAAGUGAACUUCUAGAAGAUACAAAUGUUGCCGAGUGGAAGUGGGUUCCCACUAAGCUAAAUGUUGCGGACGAGGCCACAAAGUGGAAGCGCGCUCCUAGUCUUGAAGAUUCCAGCCAAUGGUUCUGUGGGCCACGAUAUCUACUGCUACCUGAAGAAAAAUGGCCAAUCAUGCCGGAACUCGCAACUACGAAUGAAGAACUGCGUCCCAGUGUACUGCAUCAUAGCUGUAGUGAUGUCAAGUGGAUCAUACCGCCUACUAGAUACUCAAACUGGAGUAAAUUGCUACGAAUGACAGCAUACAUUCAACGGUUUCCUUCUAAUAUUCGAAAAACAUGUUAUAUUGGACCCGUAAACUCUGAAGAGCUGCAAGUUGCCUCGAAUUAUUUGAUUCAAAAUGCACAACGCGAGGUUUUUGCUGACGAAUGGGGUAUCCUGAAGGUUGAUGGCAAAAUCCCGAAAUCGAGUUCAUUAUACAAAAUUGAACCAUAUUUGGAUGAGUUCAGCAUAAUGCGUGUACGCGGUCGUUUGAGUGCCUGUGAAUUCUUGGAUGAAUCAGGUGCUAGCAAGGAGCUGAAACAGGCAUAUGCAAAUGUAAAUCAGGAACAGAUGAUUAUUGCGUUCACUUCUGCAGACACAAAAUGGUCAUUCAAUCCUCCGGCCUCUCCCCAUAUGGGCGGAAGCUGGGAACGGCUGAUCCAGACUGUGAAGAGGGUGUUGGCAAACGUCCUUCCAAAGCAACGUCUUCCAAGUGAUGAAAUAUUGCGAAACGCACUUAUAGAAAUUGAGAAUAUUCUCAAUUCGAGGCCGCUGACUUACGUGCCAGUUGAUGACGAAGCCUCCCCGGCGCUGACACCAAACAGUUUUCUUCAAAGCUCUUCUUCUGGAUGCAAACCGUUAAUACUAAACGACGACACCGGAAUGGCUGUUCGUAAGGCUUGGAUGACUUCUCAAAUUAUAGCCAACUCCUUCUGGAAACGUUUUGUAGCAGAAUAUCUUCCGGAGAUAACCCGUAGAACAAAAUGGAUUACAUCUACCGAUCCUUUGAAGAUUGGUGACAUCGUUGUAGUAGCUGAUCCAAAUUCACCUAGGAACUGCUGGCCUAAAGGGCGCAUCAUCGCAACCAACCCAUCGACUGAUGGGCAAAUUCGUUCAGCGGUUGUACAAACUGUAGGUGGGAUCCUGACGAGACCAGCGGUAAAGUUAGCGGUGUUGGACGUCGGUGCAAACGGUAAUGACGUGGACCAGGGUCCACCCACUGCGGGGGAGUGUCGCGUACAUACCUUGUGCGACAAUUCACCUUGCGAACCAACACAACUCAACAAAUCCAACUAG